AGUAUAGUGAAUUGCCUAUGGUGGAUGGACAAAACGAAACGAAUUUGUCAAAUCAUCCCAGCUUACAAAAAGAAUUUAGUUUGUAACAAGAAAAAGGGAUCGCUGUGUAUUCGAAAAAGUUAAAACAGAAAUUAAACCAAAAUGAAUAUCACAUCAGCUGCAGGGAUUAUAUCCCUGCUCGACGAACCGAUGCAUGAAGUGAAAGAGUUUGCGUUGAAACGAUUGGACAAUAUCGUCGAUCAAUUUUGGCCUGAAAUUUCUGAAUCGAUAGAGAAGAUCGAGAUCCUGCAUGAAGAUAAAGUGUUUUCGCAACACCAGCUUGCAGCAUUAGUGGCCAGCAAGGUGUACUAUCAUUUGGGUGCGUUUGAGGACUCAUUGACGUACGCACUUGGUGCUGGUGACUUGUUCGACGUAAAUGCAAGAAAUGAAUAUGUUGAUACUACAAUUGCAAAGGCAAUCGACUUCUAUACACAGAAACGUAAAGCUUUGUUCGUGGAUAACUCAGCGGAAACGAUCGACCCUCGGUUGGAAGCCAUCGUUAACCGGAUGUUCCAGCGAUGCCUUGACGAUGGACAGUAUCGUCAAGCCCUCGGUCUUGCGCUGGAAACUCGCCGCAUGGACAUCUUUGAAGAGUCCAUCAUGAAAUCUGAUGAUAUAUCAGGUAUGCUUCAGUACGCCUUCACAGUUGCAAUGAGUCUCCUUCAAAAUAGAGGUUUCCGCAGCACUGUCCUUCGCUCUCUUGUCGGUUUGUACAGAGGCCUGAAUAUCCCAGACUAUGUAAACAUGUGUCAAUGUUUAAUUUUCCUUGAAGAUCCACUGUCAGUUGCUGAAAUCCUUGACAAAUUAACCCAUGGACCACAAGAAUCUGUUCUUAUGGCAUAUCAAAUUGCCUUUGACUUGUAUGAUUCUGCCACCCAACAGUUUCUAGGCAGAGUAUUGCAAGCUUUAAGAACAACUGCACCAAUACCUAGUGCUCUUGGUGGCAAACCUCAACCACAGGGUGGACCCUUCCCAGAGUCUUCCAUGGAUGUAGAUCAGGCACUGCCAACAGAAGAAGCUAAGAAACCAGAGAGAGAUAUUGAAAGCCUGAAUGAUGAAGAGAAAGAACACCAAAAAAGAGUUGAAAAAUUAAUUUCUAUUUUAGGAGGAGAUGUAUCAAUAGGUUUGCAAUUACAAUUCUUAAUUAGGUCAAAUCAUGCAGAUAUGUUAAUUUUAAAGAACACAAAGGAUGCAAUCAGAGUUUCUAUUUGUCAUACCGCAACAGUCAUAGCAAAUGCCUUCAUGCAUGCCGGAACAACCAGUGAUCAAUUCUUAAGAGAUAACCUGGAAUGGCUUGCUAGAGCAACCAACUGGGCAAAGCUAACAGUAACAGCUUCUCUUGGAGUCAUCCAUAGAGGUCAUGAAAAUGAAUCACUAGCUCUCAUGCAGUCUUAUUUACCAAAAGAAGCUGGACCAUCAUCAGGAUACUCAGAAGGUGGUGGCUUAUAUGCGUUAGGUUUGAUUCACGCUAACCAUGGUGCCAAUAUCAUUGAUUAUCUUUUAACACAAUUAAAAGAUGCUCAGAAUGAAAUGGUGCGUCAUGGUGGAUGUCUUGGUCUUGGUCUGGCAGCAAUGGGUACUCACAGACAGGAUGUGUAUGAACAGCUUAAAUUUAAUUUGUAUCAAGAUGAUGCAGUUACUGGAGAAGCUGCAGGUAUCGCUAUGGGCAUGGUAAUGCUGGGAUCAAGGAAUGCAGCAGCUAUUGAAGACAUGGUGGCAUAUGCUCAAGAAACUCAACACGAAAAGAUCUUACGUGGUUUAGCUGUGGGUAUUUCCUUUACCAUGUAUGGAAGGCUAGAGGAAGCAGAUGCCCUUGUGCAACAACUACUGAGAGACAAAGAUCCAUUGUUGCGACGAGCUGGUUGUUAUACUAUCGCAACAGCUUAUUGUGGUACUGGGAAUAACGAUUCUAUUAGAACUCUACUGCAUGUUGCUGUUUCUGAUGUCAACGAUGACGUACGUCGUGCUGCCGUUACUGCUCUCGGAUUUUUGUUGUUUAGAACUCCUGAACAGUGUCCAUCAGUGGUGUCCCUGCUGGCAGAGUCCUACAAUCCCCAUGUCCGUUAUGGCGCUGCUAUGGCCUUGGGCAUUGCAUGCGCCGGUACUGGUAACCGUGAAGCCAUCGGUCUUUUAGAGCCCAUGGUCAAAUUUGAUCCCGUAAACUUUGUAAGGCAAGGAGCCUUGAUCGCCUCUGCAAUGAUACUUAUUCAACAAACUGAGACACUUUGCCCGAAAGUUACUUAUUUCCGCCAACUAUACGCCCAAGUUAUCUCCAACAAACACGAAGAUGUCAUGGCUAAAUUUGGAGGCAUUUUAGCUCAAGGUAUCAUUGAUGCAGGUGGACGUAAUGUCACCGUAUCCCUUCAGAAUAGAACUGGACAUAUGAAUAUGUUGGCUGUAGUGGGUAUGCUAGUUUUCACUCAGUACUGGUAUUGGUUCCCUCUGGCUCAUUGCUUCACAGAAAGCUCCAGCAGCAGCAGCGCCACAACCUCAACUACUUCUAAAAUGGAAGUUGACGACGAAGAAAAGAAACCAACGAAAUCACCCAACCCUAACAUAACUGUUCAUGGUAAAUCUGACAAGGAUGCUGGAACAUCAAAGGAAGUUAAGAAGGAAGAAAAAGAAGGUGAUGAAAAAGAGGCUAAAGAAAAGAAGGAACCAGAGCCUAACUUUGAGAUUUUGAGCAAUCCUGCAAGGGUUGUGAGGCAACAACUUAAAGGCAUUACUGUUGUUGAAGGAUCUGGAUUCAUACCCUUGAAGGAUGUUACAAUUGGAGGUAUUGUGAUGCUCAACCAUUCUGGUGAUGUGGAACAAGUUCUUGUGGAGCCAGUUGCGGCUUUCGGCCCUAAGACCGAAGAGGAGAAAGAACCCGAGCCCCCAGAACCCUUCGAGUACUUAGAUGACUGAUAUUGUCUCUUCACUUAAAUUUCUUCAUGUUACUAGCGAUAGGACCACGUGAAUCAUAAAUGUAUUGAACAAGUUUAUAUAACAACAUAAAAUAUUAUUAAAGUACAUAGUAACUGGAAAUUA